AUGGCCACUGUCCUAGCUCCACGGGUAAACACCCAGCUUGGUAAUGGCCUCGCCCUGAAACGGACCAGGCCCUGGAUCCAGUAUCGCCAGCCCGCGUGCAGUGACCCACCUCUCUCGUGGCGGCUUGCGUUAUGCAUUGCUUCCUACCCAGUACAGCUCCACCUCGGCAAAGACCAAUCCACAUACCCUACUUGGUGUACUUACGUUAAAGAUGCAUGUCCCCUCAAGCUCCAUGACCCUCCCGCUUUUGGGGCUCUCUGCUGCUAG